AUGGAAGAUCAAUCUCAAAUUGGUUUAAUAUCUCCUGAUGAUCUAACUCCAUUAUCACAAUCUUUGAUUUCUCCUGAAUUAGCUUCAGCGUUUGGUAUAACCCAAGAAGAAUUUCUUCCUGUAUUCGAUCUACAUCAAGAAAUGCGCGCUAGCUGUUCGACGGUUUGUCCAAAUGAACAAAUUUAUUACCCUUAUGAUUUUAGAGUUGGGAGUUUUGAUUUAUCAUUUGAUGAAGAUAUGGAUGAUAAAGGGAAAAAACGGGCUGCAAAGAAACGUAGAUUGGCUUGGACAAUUGAACUUCAUAAAAGAUUUGUUCAAUCAAUUGAGCAUUUGGGGAGUAGUAAAGCUGUUCCUAAAACAAUACUACAGAAUAUGAAUGUGGAAGGAAUAACUAGAGAAAAUGUUGCUAGUCAUUUGCAGAAGUAUAGAUCUUAUUUGAAGAAAAUGGAAAAAGAAAAGGAAUCUGAUGAAGGCUGUUCGAAAGACCCACCAGAGAUUAAAUCCAUGGGGAUGGAACAUUCAAAUGUUCAUCCAUGCCCAUCACAUGACCAUGGUUAUGGACAGUCACAGCAGCAUUCAGUGCAGUACGGCUCGGUGCCAUUGAUGGUUCCUCCUUUGGGGCCUUAUGGUUAUGGGCAUGGUUAUGGACAUAUGGAGAUGCCUAUGCCUAUGCCUAUGUCUAUGUCUAUGUCUAUGCCUAUGCCUAUGUCUAUGUCUAUGUCUAUGUCUAUAUCUAUGCCUAUGUCUAUGCCUAUGCCUAUGCCUAUGCCUAUGACUCUUCCUCCUCCUCCACCUAGGUAUUAUGGGUUUGAAUCUGGGGCAUGUAGCAUGGAGAGGAAUCAACCAAGAGGUUGA